AUGAUGGCCACCGGGUCUCGCGAUUCCUCAGUCCGUGAGGCCAAAGUCUUCGUCAAGGAAGUCGUACGCAAUGAUUGGGAUUUUGAAGCCGGUGUCACCUCCCCGUCGUCCGCCGAUGGCACCCUAUGCCACAACCGUGAAGUGUGCGAAUGGCGAGUUCGAGAAUUCGACACCCCAACCUCGGAACUUGAACCACAGAGCUCAGAUAGCGAAGCUGAAUAUGGAGAAUCAGCUGCGGUGAAAUCUACCCCUGGGGAUGCAGGCGUGGAGCGGCGUCGCAAGCGUCGUCGACAGAUAGACGACGAAAUGGCAUGGAACGAUGGGCUACGCGUAUGGAUGGCGAGACGCGAUGCGUGGUGUGGUGCGAAGACUCGUCGGCAGAUUCGGGCAGAGGAGGCAAAGCGUGCGUUGGCUGGUACUCAGAAAGAUACAGCAGAUCAAUCCAAUGGCGUGGGGUUGGGAGAAAAUAAUGCGAAUCCGUCUGGUCAAGGCAGCGAGGGCAUUGGCGCUUCUGAUCUGGCAGCCCGAACCGAGACCUCGCUUUCUGUCGCGGAUCGAGAGAAAAGUGAGGAGCUUCAACAUCGAGCGGAUUUGACCUCGGGACAGCGAGAGGAUCAAGAGGAAGGAUUGUCAACUGCCCCAGACGAGGGCGCUAAAAGAAAGGCCUCGUCAGAGACCAAUAUCACAGUGCCGGAUCAGAAAUUUGCCGCAAUUGUACCCACUCAACCAACCUUACCGGCUGUGGAAGACCAAACAGAAGAGGAAAAGGAGCAAGAAGAACUCGAUGAACCACUUUGUCCCGUUGCUCCUCCUUUUAUUUCAGAUGACAACCCAGUUCGCGCAACAAUCAAUCCCGCAAUCUACCCUUCGAUUUACACCAAGGUUGUCGUGCAAGGCAUGACCCCCACAGUCCCUGUCAACCUCGCCCAUUUGACCAAAGCCAUGGUCCAAGGCUGGAAAGCAGACGGGCAAUGGCCACCAAAGCCCGCCGUGACAUCGAUUGUCCUUGCUGAUGAUGCCUCUGUGCCCAAGAAAAACACAGAUCGUUCUCCCGAGGAAGCGCCACAGGGCAGGAGGAAGAACAGCAUUACCAAUGCUGUGAAGAAAGUUUUCCAUUUCGGGUCGCAUCCAUUCCAUCGCCGCCCUAGCCAGGAUACCGGGAAUGGAGGUGCCACUGGCCCGACGAACUAA